GUGAAUUUACAUCUGAGGAACUAAAGGUUGUGGUUCAGGAAUUGAACAAAAAUCAAGAUGGCGAAGUUAUCAUUAAAGCUGACAAUCAGCGAUUAAAACUUCGAAUCGAAAAAUUUAUAAAUGAUUCAGAUCACGAUGAUGUAAAUAUAUCAAAUUCGCGUAUGAUGCUUGAUGAUAAUUAUUUUGUUCAAAGACCUGUAGAAGUUAUAGAAAUGAUCGAUGA